AUGUUCUUCGCUUUACCUUUCUGCUUGGCUGUCGCGCAGCUCACUAGUGCUGCAUACAACCCCACCCUGACCAGCAUGAAUGAAACUACAAUUGAGACUCGCAAUAGAAGCAUGUUUCGCUCUGUGGCCUACUUUGUGAAUUGGGGCACUUACGCUCGUGACUUCCAGCCACAAGACAUCCCCACAGAGCGAUUGACUCAUAUACUGUACGCGUUCGCUAAUGUUGAGGUCUCUGGUAAAGUGGUCCUCUCUGACACCUGGUCGGAUACGGACAAGCACUAUCCCACCGAUUCCUGGACCGAUACCGGAAACAAUGUCUAUGGCUGCAUCAAGCAACUCUUUUUGCUCAAGAAGAAAAAUCGCACUCUCAAGGUUCUUCUGUCAAUUGGAGGGUGGGAUUUUUCCUCCAAUCUCAGAACAGCCCUCAAGAGCCAGGACGGACGGCAGAAGUUCGCUGAUAGCUCUGUCGAGAUAUUAAAAAAUCUCGGCUUUGACGGUAUUGACAUUGAUUUUGAAGCGCUUGACUCGUACAGUGCAGUCGAGGCUGACGGCUAUCAUUUCUUGAUCACUGCGGCAUCACCAGCUGGCCCCACGAAUUACGAGAAGCAGGACCUUGCUCGGAUGGAUCAAUAUCUUGAUUUCUGGAAUCUGAUGGCUUACGACUAUGCAGGAAGCUGGGACACCGUUGCUAGUCACGACGCCAAUGUUCACCCAUCCAAUGACAACCGAAGAAGUACUCCCUUCAACACAGACCAAGCAAUCGAAUACUACACCUCACAUGGCGUGCCCUCAAACAAGAUUGUCAUGGGUAUGCCGCUGUACGGCAGGGCAUUCACAAACACCGACGGUCCUGGUCAAUCCUACAGUGGUGUGGGUGUCGGUAGCUGGGAAGAUGGUGUGUGGGAUUACAAGGCUCUACCCCAGCCCCACUGUGCUGUGACAACAUUACAUCAAGAAAUUGCUAGUUACUGUUACAAUCCCCUGGCACGACUGUUCAUCAGCUAUGAUACCCCGGAGAUUGCACGGAAGAAGGGGGAAUACAUCAAGUCUAAGGGCCUUGGGGGUGGUAUGUGGUGGGAGCUCAGCGGCGACAAGUCGGGCAAUGAAAGUCUGAUUGCCACGGUUGUGGAUACCGUUGGAGGCGUUGGUGUCAUGGACAAGAGCGAGAACCAACUAAAUUACCCUACCUCCAAGUAUGACAAUCUGAAAGCCAGGUUUUCAUAG